CAGCGCCAUUUUUCAAAAUUGCAAAUAGUCCGAAAGCCUCCCUUAAAAUUACGCCUCCAUUAAGCUCCCCUUCCGCCUCCUCCGCCUCUCUUCCUGUUCCUGCUUAAUUUGGUAGCGAAACAGAGUGAGAAACCCUAACGUGCUUCUCUUCCUUUCUUCUUCGUUCUCCCAGCGAUCCUGCAUCGAGAUCACGCCAAGCUUCACGAAUCUUGUGUUUCUGUGUGAUCUGGAAGCGAUCAUAUGAUGGAUCAUUCGCGUUCUCGGCCCUCGGUUUUCCUUUUUCUUCUCGUUUGUUUGCUUUCCGCCGAGUCUUCUUGGUCACAGCGAACUAGGCCGCCGUCAAUCGCGGCGGCGCCGGUGCUCGUCCCUGCCCCUGCUCCGGCCCUUGCUCCGGCCCUUGCCCCUGCUCCUGCCCCUGGCCCGUCGCCGGAGUCUCAAUGCAACGGCAUCUACAUCUCUUACGUCAUCGAGAAGCGGGAGAGGAUCCACCCGAUCACCAGGAACCCGGCGGACCAACCCUACUCCUUCCGUGCCACCGCCACCGUCCUCAACCACGGCACCGCCGACCUCGUGUCCUGGACGCUCCUCGUCCCCUUCCGCCACGAUGAGCUCCUCGUCUCCAUCGACGGCGGCGUUCUCGCCAACGGCUCCGCCUCCGCUCUACCCUACAACACCACUAUCGAUGCAAAUGUCACUGCCUUCUCCGGCUACCCAAACACCGAUCUGAAGACUCCGAUCGAAACGGCCAACGAUCUGACGCAGAUUCAGGCUAAGAUUUCCUUGGUGGGCACCCUCUUCGGCUCGCCGCCCCCUGCGGUGCCUCUGCCUGACUUCCUCGAUCUCGGUGACCCUUCCUACAGCUGCGAGCCCCUCCCCGGUUUCAACGGCUCCGGCUCCGGCUCCGUUGAUAGGUGCUGCCUCCGCGACCCUAAUUACGUUCCUAUACCGGCCAACAUCACCGGCUACCUCGAUCGCCGAUCCGGCGAUUUAACAAUCGCCUACGACGUGCUUCAGUCCUUCGAGAGCAACUACCUCGCCCUCGUCACCAUCGAGAAUCAUAACCCCAUCGGCCGCCUCGACCACUGGUAUCUCUCAUGGGAGUGGGCGCGCGGCGAGUUCAUCUCCUCGAUGAGGGGCGCGUACCCUACGGUCGUCGACUCUUCCGAUUGCAUCUUCGGCAAGCAAGGGCAGUACUACAAGGACUUCGACUUCACCAAGGUGCUCAGCUGCAAGCAGAAUCCCGUCAUCUCCGACCUAACCCCAUGGCAAUACAAUGACACCAAUCUCGGCCGCAUCCCCCACUGCUGCCGCAACGGCAGCCUUCUUCCUACCGAGAUGGACCAGGAGCAGUCCAUCUCGGCCUUCCAGAUCCAGGUGUACAAGAUGAUGCCGGACCUCAACCGCUCCGUCCUCUUCCCGCCGGUCAACUGGAACAUCUCCGGCUCGGGUCUCAAUCCCGACUACAAGUGCGGCCAGCCCAUCCGCGUCAGCCCGGCGCAGUUCCCGGACCCGAGCGGCCUCGACUCGGAAAGCCUCGCCCUCGCCAGUUGGCAGGUGGUCUGCAACAUCACCCGCCCUAGGGGCACCAGCCCCAAAUGCUGCGUCUCCUUCUCUGCCUUCUACAACGACUCUGUCGUCCCCUGCAACACCUGCGCCUGCGGGUGCUCAACCAGCAACCGUGCCCGGGCCUGCAACGCAAUCGCGCCGGCGAUGCUCCUCCCUCCCGAAGCUCUCCUGGUGCCAUUCGACAACCGGACGGAAAAAACCCUCGCCUGGGCGGAGAUCAAGCACUACAACGUGCCCUCCCUCAUGCCCUGCGCCGACAACUGCGGCGUCAGCCUCAACUGGCACAUCGUCACCAACUACGAAAAGGGGUGGUCGGCCAGGGUGACGCUGUUCAACUGGCGCGAGGACCAGUUCGCCGAUUGGUUCGUGGCCGCCAAGAUGGAGAAAGCCUAUCCGGGCUUCGAGCGGAUGUACUCCUUUAACGGGACCAAGAUGGGCAACGACACCAUCUUCAUGGUGGGCAUGCCCGGACUCAACUACUUAAACGGAGAAACAAACGGUACCAGGGACGGCGACCCCAGAGUGCCGGGAAAGCAGCAGUCCGUGAUCUCGUUCACGAAGAAAUUGACGCCGGGCAUUGACAUCCUCGCCGGCGACGGCUUCCCUUCGAAGGUCUACUUCAACGGGGAGGAGUGCUCGAUGCCGGACACGAUUCCUACCAGUUGGGCAUUCAGGACCAGCCGACCUCGAAUCUUCACUGCUCUGGGUUUCCUUCUGCUUGCUGCUUCUCUCAUCUCCCUAGAGCUGUAGCUCUCGCUUGCCCGUUUGUCACUUGGGGCAGAGCAAAGCACGGCGUUGGAUUUCUUGUUCAUAGAAUUGUUGCAUGAUAUCUAUUUAAUAUAUUAGAAAAUUGAAUUAAACCAAGAAGAGAAUUAUAUUAUAUAUUAU